AUGCCGGUACUUUCAAGCUUUAGCUUCUACAAACCGCACUGGUCCCUCCUAUCUUGGACGUCUGGUCAAGAUGUCGAGUUUGAAGACACGGCACCGCCGCGCGAAAAGAUGAAGCGCUCUGGUGACAGCCUCUGGCGAGUUUUGAGCGAGAGGAACAUUAAUAUGAUUGCGUUCUCAGGCUCCAUUGGCAAUGGUCUUUUCCUAGGAAGUGGCAUAUCCAUAGCUAGCGCAGGCCCGGGCGGUGCCAUCAUGAGCUAUCUCAUUGUCGGCACAGUCAUCGCGUCCAUCAUCUCCUGCCUGGGUGAGAUGACGGCCCUGAUGCCUGUCAAUGCACCCAUGAUGGAGUUUCCGCGCCGGUUUCUGGACCGUGGAGUUGGUUUCGCUGUUGGUUGGGUAUACUGGUUUGCCUACGCGGUACUCGCGGCUAGCCAAGUUGUGGCCUUUGCAAAUGCAGUGCGAUUCAGCUAUGACGACAGAUAUCUUGGCGGCAAAACGGUCAUCCAUUGGCACACUGGCGAGAAUGUCGACAGCGCCGUUUGGAUCAGCAUCUGUCUCGUUGUCAUAGUCAUCAUCAACUUGCUACCCGUUAUCAUAUACGGAGAACUGGAGUAUAUUUUCGGAUGUAUCAAGCUAUCUCUGAUUGUACUCUUGAUUGUAACAAUGCUGGUGUUUGACGUGAUGAACCCCCGAAAAGGAGCUUACUACACAAAGCCUCUGGGAACUAGAUACUGGGAUGAGCCGUAUGGCUUUUUCAACAGCGUCUACUACGUGACAGAUGACGAUGGCAAUGUGCAGCGAAAGAUCACCGGCCCCGUCGGCUCACUUCUGGGCGUCUGGACUACAUUUAUCAACGUCAUGUUCUCCUACAUUGGUAUGGACAUUGUCGCCGCCACUGCCGCCGAGAGCCGCGCCCUCGCCGACUCGGAGAGCAUGAAGAUGGCCGCCCGUAAGAUCAACAUUCGCAUCCUCACCCUCUACGCCCUCGCCGUUACCACCGCUUCCUUCGUCGUACCUUCCGACCAUGCCUUUAUCAACGGCGCCGGCACGUCCGUCGGCGCACGCUCCAUCUUUGUCAUUGCCGCCGUCGAGGCUGGUCUGCCUGCCCUCGCCCAGUUCUUCAACGCCAUGUUCGUCCUCUCGGCGUUUACGUGCGCCAUCAACUCUCUCUACGUAGCGUCCCGCGUACUUCACACUCUGGCGCUCCGCGGGCAGACGGGCCCCGAGUUCAUCACAAGACGACUGCGCGCGUGCCGUUCUGGCGUGCCGGUGCGCGCUGUGGUCGCAACGGCCAUGCUGAUGCUCAUCGCAUACAUGGGCAGGUCCGGCUCUCCUGGUUCCCGCCUUGACGAAUUGUCAAACAACUGCACCGUGUCUUGUCUAAUCGUGUACGCCACCAUCUGCGCGACAUAUAUGCGCUUCUACUACACACUAGAAGUCGCCAAGAUGAGCGAAGACACAUCCGCAGCGCAAGCAGCCAGCUACGACCGCGACAGCCCACUGUACCCGUACAAGUCACACGGCCAGUGGCUCAAGGCUUUCUACGGACUCGUUGGGAGUUGCAUCCUCCUGCUAUUCAACGGCGUACCCGCGUUUCUUGAGGAACCAUUCAACGUGCGCAAGUUCGUCUCUGCAUAUGUCGGUAUCCCCGUGUAUAUUUUACUUGUCGUUGGGUGGAAACUCCGCAAACAUGGCCUCCGUCUCUCGCGGUGGGGGCCGGAACGCUCCAACGACUUGAGCAAUACAGUGCAGGCGGCGAGCGAGAAGCGCCGCGGUCGGCUCGAUAUGCCGGACUGGGGUUUGACGUGGGCAAAUUUGGAAUCGUUUGGGCACUGGCUGUGGGUAUGGAUAAAAUGA